CGUGUUUUAGUCAACUGAACCUAAUUCAUUUUACUUCAUAAACUUUAUUACAGAGAUGUAAUUCAUCUCCAAUGAUGUUAAAUUGUAUUCAAAUCAAAGUCUUUGGUUUACAUCUGAGUGCUUCACAUGAAAGAAUUUAAGGAAAAAUUGAAAACUAUGUACUAUUUUUUUACGUGUUUUGUGGAGUACCAAACCAGUACCCAAAGCACGUCCAAAAAAUAGUACAUAGUUGAUGUACCGAGAAUAUAUAACCGUUAUAAAUAAUGCAUUGCAAGUCAACAGCCAGACACAUGAAUCGCUAAAAGAAACUAGAAAGACAGUACAACUGAAUGACAGUCGUCAAUCUCUUAUGGUUUAACUUGAUAUACUAUUUAUAGAGUGGAGAAAUAGCUCAGAAAAACGUCGAAAACUAUAUAUAUCUAUAAAUGUCCAAAAUGUGUUUCCAAAACAGCAGGACCUAUUAACAGAAUAUACAUCUGUAUGUCCUCCUUGUGUACAUAUGGUUUGUCUUUUCAAUUUCUAAAGGAAUCCAACAUUUCUUCAUCGUAUUCCCCAAUUUUUUUCCUUGUAACAUAUCUCUCAAAAGAUUUUAAAUUCAUGGAAGUAAUGGGAAAUACGACGGGUCCAAUUCUCGGGGAGCCGGAGGCGGAUUUUAGGGGAGAGACAUUUGCGCCGCCGCCAGGACAGGCAGGCACGGGUGAUACUUUGGGGGGUGAUGUAAAUUGGAUAUAUGAUAUGGCUUGGUAUGGUGAAGCUGUAAGAAAAAGUGAUGGAUUUAUAUGCGAGGAGCAUCCUGCCAAAUUGUCUUCUGAUGGUGUUUGGGAGAAAAUCAUUUAUAAAGGUGAGGGUCUUCGCAUUUGGCAAUAUCGUCUUCCGAAUCUAGAGAUUGUCAUAUUGUUUGUGUUCUUCCUUUGGCAAUUCUUCAACAUCUUGUUCAGGAAAAUGGGUCUUAAGAUUCCCAAGUUCACCUCUAUGAUGAUUGUGAGUUCUACUUCUCCUCAUUAUUUUGUAAAAUUUAAUAAUUAUCUGCUCUUGAAAACAUUCCUGACAAUACAAUUUAUUCUGUUUGUGUUGAAGGCGGGGUUACUCUUGAACGUUAUACUUACUGUUUCGGGCGAUAAGUCGAUUAUUCAAGAGUUAUUGUUCCCUAAAAAUAAAAUAGAUGUUCCGGGAUGCCUUGGAUUAUUUGGGUUCAUGAUAUUUUGGUUCCUCAAGGGUGUUAAAAUGAACUUCAAGAGAAUCCUCAAGGCUGAAUCAAAGGCAAGAGUAACUGGAGUGGCAGCGGUUACUUUCCCUAUAAUGGUUGGUCUCGUGAUUUACAUGUCAGUUGAGAAACGAACGCUCCUAGCCAAACCGUAUGGUCCAUUGUUGCUAAUGGAGAGCCUCACGUCUUUUUCGGGAAUCGCAAGGCUCUUGAGAGACCUUGACAUGAACCACUCAGCUCUUGGUCGGGUGGCUUUAUCCGCAGCCUUAAUCUCAGAUAUGAUCGGACUCUUCUACAUGGUGAUGCUGGUCCCUAUUACUAAUCCAACGUUUGUUAGCUUUGGUUUACUUAUAGAAAUUGGUUUCUAUCUCGCCAUUUGUUUCGCUGUUGUGAGGCCCAUCAUGUUUAAGAUAAUAAAAAGAAAACGUGAAGGGAGACCCAUCGACGACAAGUACAUCUACGGGAUUAUCAUCAUGGUUUGUCUAGCGUGUAUGUAUUGGUACGAUCUUGACCAGUUUCCUGCACUUGGAGCCUUCUUGCUUGGUCUCGCCAUCCCCAAUGGACCUCCUAUUGGUUCUGAACUGGUUGAACGUCUAGAGAGCUUCAACUUUGGUCUUAUAUUGCCUCUCUUCAUUACAUCCAGUAUGCUCAGGACUGAUAUCAGCGCUUGGAAAGAUUGUUUAACCGACCACACUAAAUUCGCGGUUGCAUCUCUCAUCGUACUCAUCUCCUUGUUGAAGUUCUCUAUCUCAAUGAUCAUACCUUACCUCUAUAAAAUGCCACUGAGAGACUCUGUCGUUCUUUCCCUUAUCAUGUCCCAUAAGGGUAUCAUCGAACUGAGUUUCUACCUAUUCUCUUACUCCGCCAAGGUUUUCACUAGAGAUACCUUCUCGAUCCUAGUCUUGUCCAUCGUCCUCAACUCGUUGAUCAUACCAAUAGCGAUCGGAUUUAUCUACGACCCCUCGAAGCAAUUCUUGUGCUACCAAAAGAGAAACUUAGCAAUUAUGAAAAACUCUGGAGAGCUAAAGACUCUAGUAUGCAUCCAUAGACCAGACCACAUAUCUUCCAUGAUCAACCUUCUAGAAGCUUCUUAUCAAUCCGAGGAGAGCCCUCUUACUUGCUACGUACUUCACCUCGUCGAGUUACAAGGUCAAGACGUUCCCACUUUGAUCUCACACAAAGUCCAGAAACUUGGAGUCGGGUCGGGGAAAAAAUAUUCGGAAAACGUCAUCCUCUCUUUCGAACAUUUCCACCGUUACGUGUGCAGUUCCAUUUCCAUUGACACAUUCACAUGCAUCGCGAACGCGAACCACAUGCAAGAUGAUAUUUGUUGGCUAGCUCUCGAUAAAGCUGUCACGCUUAUCAUUCUCCCUUUCCACCGUACCUGGUCUCUCGACCGAACAUCCAUCGUCUCCGAUAGUGAAAUGAUCCGGUUUCUCAAUUUUAACGUCUUGAAACAAGCUCCUUGUUCUGUCGGCAUCCUUAUCGAACGACAUCUCGUUAAGAAAAAACAAGAGUUCCAAGAAAACCUCAAGGUUUGUGUUAUAUUCGUGGGAGGAAAAGACGACAGGGAAGCAUUGGCCUUCGCGAAGAGAAUGGCUCGUCAAGAGAACGUGACACUUACCGUUCUACGCCUUGUAGCAUCUGGAAAGAGCAAAGAAACGACAGGAUGGGACCAAAUGCUCGACACCGUGGAACUAAGAGAGUGUAUGCGAAGCAGUGAACCAAAUGAUCAACCAGGAACGCCGAAAGAGGAAGUUUCCACAAUUUACUUGGAACAAGAGAUAAUAGAUGGAGCAGAUACGUCAAUGCUUCUACGUUCCAUGGCAUUUGAUUACGACCUUUUCAUUGUUGGAAGGACAUGCGGUGAGAACCACGAGGCGACAAGAGGGAUAGAGAAUUGGUGUGAGUUUGAGGAGCUUGGAGUCAUUGGUGAUUUCCUGGCCUCCCCGGAUUUCCCGAGCAAAACAUCCGUGUUAGUAGUUCAACAACAACGAACGGUCAGCCAAUAACUAGAAAAAGCGCACUACUUUGUUCCAUAUCUCUCUUUUGUAACAUUUACAAUAAAGUUUGAAAAUACGAAAAAUCAUAUAUGAGUACUUAUCAUUUGGUUUGUUCAUUGUUA